AGGACGGCCUCUUCUCUCUCUCUCUCUCUCUCUCUUCUAUCUUCUCCGACGCCGAUUUCCGGCCGCAAUGGUACUUCGAGCGAGAGAGCUCCACCGCCUUCAAUACCUACUCCCAGAGGCCUUUGGAUCGCUUUCCAGGGGCGGAGGUUACGGGAUGGCCGGCGGUGGGAGGAGGCUGCUGAGCGCCGGGAACACCAGCGGCGAGGAGUUCGCCGGAAAGAGCGCCUACGAGGUGCUCGAGGUCUCGGAGACCAGCUCGUUUGCCGAGAUCAAAGACUCGUUCCGGAAACUCGCCAAAGAGACCCACCCCGAUGUCUCGCCGUCGCCGGAUGACCCUGCCGCCUCCCAGCGGUUCCUCCAGAUCCUCGCCGCUUAUGAGAUUCUUUCGGAUUCUAAGAGAAGAGCCCACUACGACAGCUAUUUGUAUUCACAGAGAACAAUACCUCAUAAAGAUCAUGGGCUUGGUUCAGCUGUUUAUGCAUACAAUUCACCUGUAAUUUUGACAAAGCAAAAUAAUGUAGUGGAGUGGCUAAGGUGGUACAGACUUACUAUUGAUGACAUUCUUAUGCAGAAAAAAGUUGUGACAAGAUCUGGUUACUUCGGUAAACUUGAGAGCGAACUUUAUUCAGCAAUACGUACUGCAUAUUAUGGCCCAAUUAUUGAGUCUAUGGAUCUUCUUCCUGACUGUUUUGAAGCUGAAGAGAGGUCUGUAUAUGAAACUUCUGAGGUGUUGCACUUGGUUUCAGGACGAGAUCUAUUUGGAAUUGUUAAUAUAGUUGAUAAGAUUCCUCAGUUGUCACAUAUAAGCCAUGAAAAGCUAAAUCCCUUUGAUUCCGUGGCUUCUGGACUUUGUCAGUAUGUUACACAUACUGCAAUGGAAAAAUGUUGUGAUUCUUUUGGAAGCAUUAAUAUCCAUGAAGAAGAUGUUAAACAGGACAGUAAUUUUCAAUCAGAUGUUUACAAAGAUCUUGAAUUGCAUAUCUAUGGAAGAGCAGUCGCUGUUGCAACUAGGAGCCCUAAAUGCAAAUGCAUUGGCACACAAACAAUAGAUUCUGAAGAUCACAUUCAUGUCUUUCUUACUUUACAUGAUGCUCAAGAUGCAGUUUCAUCUGGAUCGAAAAUUCUCCUAGGCACAAUAACUGGAUUAGGAACAAGUGCAGAAGAAGCAUCCUGUUCUGUUUAUGAUGGCAGUGGUACAAAAACUCAUGUGAUUAUGAAACACAGAACUUUGCUGGUGAAGCACGUGCGCUGGUUUCGAGUUGGGGGUGAGGUCUCAUCUUGUGAAUGCCAGUGUAGUAGAGCAGGCUUACCACCUAGCAAAUAUUGGCUGUUUGAGCCUCGUUGUAGCAUGCAUGACAUUGGUGGCUGGUACGUUGAAACAUUUGGUCAGGACAAGAAAAGAAGGACUGUGCCUUCCCAAAGGCAAUGGGAUGGUAUGACUGAACAUCCUGAAAAGAGAUUGCAUCCUGCCAUGUAUUUGCUGGCUCUGGCAUAUAGAACAUUAGAUCUUGAGGAUGCAAAAAGAAGGAAACGAAGUUUUAGGGGUUUUGUGGAAACAAAAUUUUAUAGUAUUCUUCAUUGGUGUCAGAAGCUUCUAUAAUUUGAUAAAUUUGGAUUUUGGACAUAGGAAGAGGAGGAAUUUUACGGACCUUCUGCUAUCUUGGGACCUUUUGACAAUAUUCAGUUUAUCUUUUCAAAGGAUGUGUCAUUGUCACCAUUAUCAUCUGUGGUUCGUGUCUCAACAGUGCACCUGAAAGUAGCAAACAGUUGCAAAAGGAUAUAAUAUGGUGGACCCUGCUAUAAUGCAACUUCUAUAAAUUUUCAUUUGCGUGCAUUGAUGUUCAGACGUGGCUUCACUGAAUGGUAGGUCCAAGAACGGUGAGUUUUAUGAACAAGACAAUCUUGCAGCUCUUAUCUCUUGGUAUUGUACAGAAGGAAUUUCCAGGUUUCGUAUCUUAAUGAUAUCAAUGAAUACAACUUGGACUCAUUACCCUAUGAAAUUAAAAGGAGGAUCCAGUUUUCGAGCAUGCAACAUGUCCUACCACCACUCCUCGCAUCAGAGACCAGCAAAGGUCAAUAGCCAACUUCAUUCUUCUCCCAGCAAUAGUAUUCCAUAGACGGAAUAUGGGAAUUAAGUUAUCCUUUAUGUCAUUUAUUUACUGUUUUUAUGUUAAUCCCAUGCUUCAAAGGAUCGAAAACAUUUCAAGAAACUGCCAUUACAAAAUAUCUGUAAAUCAAAAAUAAGAAUUCCAUAUUAUGGUUACAGAAGAUAAUACUUUUAUUACUGUAUGAAUAUAUUUUGAUUCCUUUUUGCAGGAACUACUUAAACCCUUGCCUAUUUCUCUGCAUGUUUGAACUCUUUCCAGGUCUAGGGGGACAAUGGAGGACUGCUCCUCAGUUACUUGAACUUCAACUGCAUAACCAAUAAGGUAGGUGCCUCCACCCUCAGCUGGCAUUACUUGAGCUUGAGCUGUAUUUACUCUUAUCCUUUUCGGGAAUUUUACAAAGUUUUUUCCCUUUUUCGUGCAGUUAUCAGUUUAAUUUUAUAUCCUCACAAUGUGUGGGCAUCUUGGUGUCUAAGAUGUAAACAAAUGAAAAUUGGAAAAGUAAACUCUGUCCAUUUUCAGCCAUUAUCCAGUUCAAAUAUGAAAUCUCACCAUCUAAAUCAGAUACUCUUUGCUUUCCAAAUGGUUUAAAAAAAAACUUUUUAUUUUCUUGGGGAGGAAAAGGUUUUUUAUUUUGCUAUGCAAAUUGAGCCCCUAUUUGUGAGUCACAUGCCCAUUAUCCGGUGACUAUAGUGGUGCGACUGCAGGUAUGGUCUUAUCAUUUACUUGAUAGUUGAUGCAGAAAGAAGUAUUUUAAGUAGAUGUAUUAGGCAAAAAAUGUAUUUUAAGAAGAUGAAUUAAACGUGAAAUGAAUGGUCAAUGUAAACUGCUGGAUGCUUUACUCCUCACAGCAAGAACGUACAUUAGUUUUGCAGAAAGAUUGGAAAUUAAUCCUUAAUGUUCUCCAUCCUUUCCUGAGCCCAAUAGCCCAAGUCGGGUCCAAUUCUAUUGAAAAUCGAUGAAGAUAUAGAACUUAUAUUAAAUCUAUCAUGAUUCAUGAACAAGUUUCCCAAAUACUGAAAAUUUUCAAGCAGGCCUCUGGUCUUAGGAACAAAAUGUGAGCAUAUUCAGUGAUCCACAGCAUUGUUAUUCUCGAAAGAUCAAGCAUAAUCACAAAUAUAUGAGGAUUAGAACGUGUACUUUACAUCGGUAUAGCUGAAUCAUUCCCAAGGCCUAUAGACAAAGCACGUAGCUUACGCCAACUAUGCCAGAUCUCCUUUUUAAAUCAUGGCCACAUGUAAAUUACAAGAAUCUGUUUAUUUUCUACAAGAUCGUUGCAUAUAGAAACACAUCACUCUAUCUCAGAUUUGAAGUAAAAAAAAUUAUGUUCCACUUGUUCAUUUGGUGGGCUAUGCUAUAGGUUUUUUUUUUUAAUCACUAAUUCAUUUUAAUUUUAAGACUUAAAAUUUACAGUUGUUCUUAUUAUUAUUGAGUUUCUUAUAGUAGGUAGGCAUUAAACUAAACAAAGUUUUCUCUUUCUUGAAGUUCCUUGAAGGAAAAUUCCGACAAUAAUAUUCCAGGGAUAUUUUUUUAUAAUUUGCUUUGCAAAACUCGUUCUAUGAGAUAAAUUUGACUUUUGACCACUUAUCAAGUAUUAAAUAGGAUUUACUUAGGAUCAACUCAGAGCUUUCUUAAAACCACCUCCAUUGUAGGAUUUGCAUGCACCAGUUAGUUGCCAAAAACUAGCUCUUUCUUGAAACUAUGAUGGCUUCCAUCUGUUUGUGGCUCAAUUUCUAACAUUACGAAAUCUAGUAAUUUCAAUAUAUACUUCACCCAACUUACAAUCUCAAUUGUCACUUUAGUAAUUUCAGCUUCCAAUAUACACUAUAGCCAAGAUUAAAUGGAAGAGAUGUGCCUACCACUUGCAAAGGUCUGCUUUCAAAUCAAAGGUCAGAACUGACCCUGCUGAACCCCAUCACUAAUAUACUUCAUGUGGAAAAGGGAUGGAUUUUUAACUUCUGCGGGGUUGUGUGUUGAGACCUUGGGGUGUUUUGGCUGUCUUUUUAGGGUGUUCUAUUGUAACAGGCGAUGCCUUGUUUUCAUGUGACGAGUGGUGGUAACUGUAAUAGCCCAAUCCCUUGGGCUAUUGGGCCGGCCUGUGAGGGCCCUAGAGUGGGGGAGCACGUGCGCUGCACGUGUGGGCGGAGUGGGCGAGGAAGAAGACUCCCAAGUUUAUCUCGGCGGAAUCUGAGACUCCUAGGGCAAUCCAAGUUUAUCUAAAACUUUAGGUUCUCAUCUAUUAAAGUCCUCCUCCUUCGUUGAAUUCCAUCACUAAUCUUUUGAGAAAUAACCACGAACUCCAAGCUUCUUUUCUGGAUUUCUUUCUUGUUGGUUUAAUUGAGUUGUAUUGGAUGUUUGAAAAGCGAUUUCAUAAUUUAUAUUUUUAUUUUGGUGUUGAUUGCUAUUUUCAAACUAUAUUAUAUUAUUGGUGCAAAUGUGCAGAGCUUCUUACUAGGUCGUAAAGCGCACAAUCAUUUUUCUCUCUUUUUUAGUAUUUGGCUAUGGUUGAGAUCACAAAUGAAAGGGAUGAAAUAGAUAGAGCAUCAUUAUUCUUGGUUGGAUGAAUGAAUUUUGUAAUUAUGUAUAAAGUUUAUUACUUGUUAUGAAAUGAGAUUAUUUUUGUUCAUAGA